CAACCUAAAACCCUAACAAAACCACAAGCUUGAGUAAUUGUUUUGUAGCAUCCUCCUAAUGAACACCAAAAUGGAAGAGAUUGUCAUAGCAUCCUCCUCAAUCGACGGCGGCAUAGGUUGUUGGGACCUCCAAACAGGAACCGAACACCUUCGCUAUAAAUCCUGCGCCUCCCCUCCUCACGGCCUUAUUUCAGUUGGCCGCCGCUUCCUCGCCUCUUCCCAGUUACAGGACCCUAAAGCAUCUUCAGGCGCCAUCCUCUACUGGUCCUGGUCUAGGCCUCAGGUGGAGGUUAAGUGCUUUCCUGAGGAGCCAAUAAAGCCGCUUGUUGCUAAUAGUGAAGGAACUUAUCUUGUUGGAGGUGGUUUAUCUGGGAAUAUUUACUUUUGGGAGGUUGCUACAGGUAGAUUACUUAAGAAAUGGCGUGCCCACUACAGGGCUGUCACUUGCUUGGUUUUUACAGAAGAUGAUUCUCUUUUGGUUUCUGGUUCUGAGGAUGGAUCUGUCCGAGUCUGGCCACUUCUCAUGAUAUUUGAUGAUUAUCAAAUGGAGCAGGCAAGCCAGCUUUACGAACAUAGCUUUCAAGAGCAUACUUUGCGCGUCACUGAUAUAGUAACAGGUUAUGGAGGAGGCAAUGCAAUUAUAAUUUCAGCUUCCGAGGAUCGAACGUGUAAGGUGUGGAGUUUAUCUAAGGGGAUAUUAUUAAGAAAUAUAGUGUUUCCCUCAAUAAUUGAUUCAAUUACGUUGGACCCUGGUGAACAUGUAUUCUAUGCUGGUGGCAGAGAUGGUAAAAUACACAUUGCUGCGCUCGGUGCUGAUAGCUCAUCUAUCAAAAGUCAUUGGUUGCAUAUCAUUGGUUCAUUAUCUAGUCACAGUAAGAGUGUAACUUGCUUAGCAUAUAGUACAAAUGGAAAUGUCUUGCUUUCUGGAUCAGAAGAUGGCAUGAUUCGAGUUUGGGACCCAAAAACGCAUAACAUAGUUCGCGUGUUCAAGCAUGCAAAAGGUCCUGUAAACAAUAUCCAUGUUCUUAAUCGACCAGCUUACUUGAACCCUCGAAGCUUAUCAAAUGUACAAGCUUCUUCAAGAAGGCAUGGAUUAUCAUUACCACCUCCACUCAGUAAAUAUAUCAAUACAAUGGAUGAAAAAGUCAUUAGUGCAGCCGUUAAUCUCCAGGCUACUUGCAAUAACCCUCUAGAUGCUUCAUGCAUCAGCUCUCAAGUGAUUAAUUGUCAAAUCAAAGAACUCCAGCAACAAGGUUCAGCUGCUGCAGCUGAAAUGGAGGUGGAGAAGCUAAAGCUUGAUUGCACGCAAUCGAUGCAAAUGCUUCAGAGGUGGAAGAAAACGUAUGACAACUUGCAUGAAUUUUGCGUGGACGAGCUUUUAGAGGGGGAUAAUGUGAAAAGUGCAAAUUAGAUGUCAAAAUGAAUAUUUAAGUAUUUCUCUUUGCACGAAUGGCUUCAAAGUUUUUGUUGGUGUAUUUACCGAUAAUCCGAUGAACCUCCUUUUUAAUUCUUUGUUAUCAUGCCCUUUAUUUUUGAAAUUUUCAUGUGUCGACCAUAAAAAUAUAGCAAGUCAUCCUGAAGGUAUGGGGGAAACAACGUUAGAGUUUUGGAUUAUUAUUGAGACUUCUGGUAACAUUUUUAUCUGACAGUUUGAGCUUAAAUCAUGUUACAGGCAUUCCAUUGAA